AUGGAUGUCAACAAGAACAUCGUCAAAACCCUAGCUCGAUGGUGCCUUCUCCUACAAGCAAUAAUGAUCUCUUCCAACACCGUGGCUCUCAAGGAACCAGACUACGUGAACAUGAACGUAACAAUCCGUAACGCAAUGACAGGGCUAAUCCGACCGGAGAUCGUCUACCGAUGCCAGUCCAAACGCAAAGACUACGGUUGGCAUCGAUCUAAAAAACCAGGAAUGCAGUUUUCAUUCCCAAUCAUUCUCAUUAAAGGUGAAAUCAAGAUACCUGCUAUUCACAUCUGCAAUGUCCGGUCAGUCCUAGGAACCGCCACACUCGUGAUCGAAAACACUUAUCUCGAUGCAGAGAUGUGUCCUAAAUCUUCAUGUGCUCACGUAGCUACACCUAAGGGGAUCGUGUUUAGAGGCCUUGAAUGGGAUUUCAAAACCGUGUUUCCUAAACUCAAACCAGUUGAGUAUCUAGAGUUGCCGUGGACACCUUGGCCUAACAGAACAUGA